GCACACGGCGCGCGUCAACAGCGGCGAUCACAAGGCUUGUCCGCAUCGCGUGCGCCCGGACCAGCUGCACAGUAAUCAGGGAGGGCGACGAGGGAGCGAGGCUCCAAGAGGACUCUCCACCUGAACAUAUACACGUUGCGUUUGGCUGCAGCUCUCAGACCCACGUCUACGUCACAUUUGAGUCCUUUUUUUAAUUAAUUAAUUUUUUGGAGCGUGUUUUUAUUCCAGUUUGUCACUUUUUGGGGUUUUUAAUUCGUCGCUCUCCAAGAAGCCAAUCAAUCAUGUUCAAGAAGAAGGACCCAGAGAGAGUGCGGCUGAUAUCGGGCUUGACCAGCGCGCACACCGCCGUGUCGAGUUCGCCCAACCAGAUGGCGUCGCAGGUAGACACCACCGGCUCCAUCAAGCAUUGCCAUGACAACAGCCACGCCCGGGAGGAUCGUGAGCGGGAGAAGAAAGUGGCCAAGCGGAGGUUGUACGUGGUGUCCGCCAUCUGCCUGGUGUUCAUGAUCGGUGAAAUCCUCGGUGGCUAUUUCGCAGGCAGCCUUGCGGUGAUGACGGACGCCGCCCACCUGCUCGUCGACUUCAUCAGCUUCCUCAUCAGCCUGUUAUCCCUCUGGCUCUCCUCCCGACCUGCCACUCACAAGCUCAGCUACGGAUGGCAUCGCGCAGAGAUUCUGGGUUCUCUGCUGUCGGUCUUCACCAUCUGGCUGGUAACGGGGGUGUUGGUUUACCUGGCUGUGGAGCGCCUCAUCAAUAAUAACUACACCAUCGAGGGCACCAUCAUGCUCAUUACCUCCGGCUGUGCUCUGCUGGCUAAUAUCGUCAUGGCCCUCAUCCUUCACCAGUCCGGCCACGGCCACAGUCACGGGGGGCUCGCCUCACACGGCCACGGCCACAAGAAGGGGAGCGAGCGCCACCCCGCUUCGGACCACACGCACCAGGGAGGAGACCCGGCCGACGCCGAGCAGAACAGGGCCGUCGACGGGGGGCGGGUCCAGCAGCACAACGCCAGCGUGCGAGCGGCCUUCGUCCACGUGUUGGGAGAUCUCCUCCAGAGCGUCAGCGUGUUCCUCAGCGCCAUCAUCAUCUUCUUCAAGCCUGAAUAUAAGAUGGCGGACCCCAUCUGCACCUUCCUGUUCUCCAUAUUUGUCUUGUGCACCACCUUCACCAUCCUGAGGGAUAUUCUCCUCGUCCUGAUGAACGGCACGCCGGCGGGGAUGAAGUACGGCGAGGUGCGCGACGGUCUGCUCGGCGUGAAGGGGGUGAAGGCGGUCCACAACCUUCACAUCUGGGCCCUCACCAUGAACCAGACUGUGCUGAGUGCACACGUCGCCAUUGACGAGACGGUGGACGCUCAGACUGUCCUCAGAGAGAUGACGCAGGCUUGCGUCUCCUCCUUCAACUUCCACUCCGUUACCAUUCAAAUGGAGAGGCAGGCCGACCUGAAGCCCGGCUGUACCAUGUGUGAGGACCCCAAGAUGUAGGGGCGUGGCUCCGCGGUCCUUCACCCCCCCCCCCACCCCCGCCCGAGCCCAUCGGCACACUCUGCCGGGCUCCGACGUGCCGCAGCAUCCGCACUGCCCACCGGUUCCUGAGGUCUUGUGUUCUUACCGUGACGUUCACGCCAAAGACGUGUGACCGAGUGCCCUCGGUGCCCCGUGUGCUGAUGGGCCCCAAGAAAUAUUUAGAUUGAAACUAGAACGUGCCCGAGUGAAGGGCGAGCGCUCUCUCACGAUUUAAAUACUUUUAGAACAAAGGCUCCUCUAUGCCCACAACGAUCCCGUCGUGUCAACUAGAUAAUUAAUUUGCUUUUUCAGUGUUUUUGUUGAACUAUAAAUCAAAAUGAACUGUAUCGACUAAAUUCACCCUUUUUAUGAAUCUAUACAUUUUUACAUUUUUGUUAAAUUGGCGUCAAACACUCGAUUUAUUUAAAGGAAAUUGCUCAAUUUAAAAUAUAAUGCAGUCAAACUCAAGAACUUCUCAUUUGAUGUUAUCCCUUCAACAACAGGCAUACGUAGGCAUGAUUUGCUCUGGUGUCGUGUUUGGGGGGAGUAACUUCUUUAAAUGUGCACGUGGCACUUAUUCACCUCAGCGACGCAUUAAAUCAUUUUUAAUAAAUAUGUAAACCCCUGGACUUUAGUAACUUAUAUCCCACAAGCCUGUGUUCUCUGAGAAGCUGUAAUAUUUUAUAUUAUUGUUACAGCGAUAAAUUUAUAAUAUAAUAAAAAAACUCCUAAUCGAGCAAAGGCUGGAGUACUGGUGGUCAUCAUUGGCAAAUUGUUAACUUUAUAUGUGACUGUGAUACAUUUGCUGUUGAUUAUUUAUAGGGGUGGUUCAUUUAUGUGAUUAAAAUAUAUAUAUAUAUUAAUUACACACUUACGGUCUGCUCAAUAUCCUAAAAGCACAUUUUUAACUACUGUGGUGACCUUAUUUAAAGCAAUGCGGCCAAUGAGAAAGUACCGUCUGUUUUGAGCAUUAACCAAUGAAAUCAAGACAUAGGAGACAGCCAUUUGCACACAAUGUGGUAUGAAAAUAUCAAACAAUAGGUACUUCUAUUUGGUGAUUAAUACACCAGCAUUCUCAGAAGUACUGUGUGUGUGAGUGAUGAGAGCAUCACAUGUGUGUUCAUUAGUGUCUCGCCUUUGCAUUUUUGUACAGUUUGAAGGCAAAAUUAAAUAUUCAAUAAAAUAUUCCUUUUCCAAUA